CUUUCUUAUGCGUGCUUUGUACAAACCACUGAGGUAUUCCUAAUCUCCUCAGUAUCGAUAGUCCAAGGGCAAUCGAAGGUACGUACUCCAGAAUGUCGUGUACCAUGGAUAUACAGCCUGUCAUAAGUAUUUAAUACUGAAUUCUAACUGGACUGCUAGGAAAUCGUAAACUAUCUGCUACAGUCAUUUGUUAUUCAGGUAAAUUUGGGUCGAUAUUUGCUGGGGAGAUCCGUUAAGGCUUACCUUGGUGAAGCGAACGCACAGCGUGGCGGGGCGGAGCAGGUGGGGGGUGUUUCAGUACACACGGAGCACACAUUGGCAUGUACCGCUCUGAGCGGAGUGCAAUGAAGGACAGGAUAAACCCAGGACACGUAAGCCAGAAAGCCCUCGCAGAAGAAAAUACCAUUUCUUCACUGACCGGGCAAGGUGAUGGGAAACAGUUUCAAGAGCUUCAAGGCACUUCAAGCAAGACGAGGCUUUAUCGAAAUGGUGAUAUCAAAGACAUUAAUUAUGUAGACAGACCAUUGGUGAGAUCUAAGGGUCCGCCUAUUUCAUCCCCACAGAGGAAACUGGUCCUGCACUUUGACAUUCGAAACACGAUUUUGGUUGCUGAUUCGGUAACGAAGGUAAACGUAGAACAAGCCCUGAACAGUUUUCUGACCAGUGUCACCUGGGGAAGGGUGGACAGGUCAUCAGGGAAAUGGACCUGGCACUCCGCAACCCCUUGUUUGACCCCUCCUGCACCACAUACAGUCACUUACUACAAGCAUCUUGAGAGACAACUUGUUCAAACUCCAGAAGAUCGUCAAAAACUCCGAUUUACCACGGCCGACUUCACACAGAAAGGACUUGGAAAAAUGUUUCUACCUUACUUCGAAAAGCACAUGCGCCUUCUUCGAUGGCGUUACACAAGGGACGAAGAGACCCUUAAUCGACUGACCAUGAAGGGUAAGGACCAAGCGCUUUAUCACUAUAUUUUACCGUCCUUCUUUAAACUGAUGUAUCAUCUAAAGAAAUCUGGUCGAGAUUUUGCCAUAAUAUUCCGAACGUAUGGCCUGGAUGCCAAGAAUGUGCUGCGCAGUACAGAAUACACCAUUAAUGGUAACCAUCCCCAGUUCCCAGAAUCUUUGGACAUGACAGUGAACACAGUUCCUGGAACAAUUUAUAGGAGUGCUAAGAACGAUGUAAUAUUAAGGGUGUGCACCAAAAGCUCUGACCCCAGCUCUUUUACGACAUAUAGAAAUGAGAGAGAUAUAUAUGAUACGUUAAGUAAAAUGGGGGGCGUGUGCGGAUUUAAAGAUGACUUUUUGCACUGGCAAAACCAUGGGUACCACUACACAUCAGGAAAACCGUUAUGGGUCGAUCCCACCGACGAGAGUGUCCACCAUAUUAUCUUUGACGACAAUAUGAGGACAUACGAGGACGAUAACAUAGUCGAUUUGAGGAUAUUUGGAGGACACCACGUGAGCAGCGUUCCCAAAGCGGAAGUCAGGAAAUACGAGGAUGUGUUCAUGGUACAGUCAGAUCUAAUGGCCAGCAUAGAGCACGAAGACUACUUCAUCAACAAGGUCAGACUUUGUGAAGAGAAUUACUCAAAACUGCUGAAAGACGGGAUAGUCCGUCCUCCUCAUUCCUCAACGCUGUGUAUGUAAUCUGGAUCAUACGUUCAUAUACAAAUGUAUACAUGCUGUUUCUCAGUCUCAUAUAGUGCCAAAUAACUCAUCCUGAUUAUCUAUGGCUGAACUGGAUAAGGGUUACAAAUAUACCGAGAUAUACUUUGAAUAUCCGAAAAAUGAAAAAUACGAAAAUAGCUAUUAGGGGUCAGUAUUGCAGUGGCUGGAAAAGAGAGCAUGUAGAGUCAGAUUUCACUUUGUUAAAGUGCCAUUAUUGUACACUCAGUUGGAUGAUUUACUAAAUAGUGCACCAUAACACUAUAAAUUCUAGGCUUCAGGUACGAGUCUCAUAUUUACUGAAAGGCAAUCAUUUGAUCUAUUCUUUAUAAAUACUGAAAAUUGUUUUGAUUAGCGAAUAUGGAUUUAUUCCAAAAAUCUCCGGUAGCAUAUCAGUAGACACAAUAAUGAAUAUAUAUCUGUGCCAUUUGAGAUGCACGGUGAUGGAUUCAUUCUGGUUAAAUUCACAACCAAUAUACGCAUUUUACAGUUACGAUUACGCGAUGAGUGCUGUUAUCUAUUCGUUUUCUCUGGCCGAAUUUUCCUUCGAAAAUGAAUGAGAUACAGUUUAAGGUAUUUUUGCAUAUACAUAAAUAUUCACGGUACUGAUUCUCACUUCAGGGUAAGAAGAGCUAGUCGCUGUAUAAUUGGUUGUGCAUAUAUCAGCACAUAUAUUGCAUGUAUAUAAGAACUUCCGGGAAUUAUGUAACCGUUUAAUGAUGGUGAAGAACACCACACCCUCACGCUAGGCAGAUUGGUGCAAUGAGCGUUCAUGUCAGUGUAGUCAGGUCUGCAGCAACCUGUUGAUGGUCAUACGUUUCCCCCGGGCUCUGCCCGGGUUUCCGCCCACCAUAAUGCUGGCCGCCGUCGUAUAAGUGAAAUAUUCUUGAGUACGGCGUAAAACACAAAUCAAAUCAAUAAAUAAAUCUAUCUCGGUUAUAUAGAGGAGACAUGCUCCAACGAGAUAUAAUUUGUUGAAAACGUAUCCAUAUAUGUUAAUCUGUGAUAAAUGUAUGUGUGUCUCUAUGGCAAAUGCUAUUUGGUGGUUACCACAUACACCGAUGCAUGGUUGUUUAUCACCUAUGUAAUAGGCCUACCUCUGGAAGAGUGAUAUUCCAUUCAUUCAAUUAAUUAAAUCUGCCAAGAGAUGUCAUAUGUUGCAUAUACAUGUGUAAUAUUCCCAGGGUUUUAGUCAUACAUAAGUAAGCAUAAUACAGUACAAUUGUGAAAGUGAACGACAGGUGUUUCACGUGUCACGCACAGCAUACAGUGAUGAAGGAAUCUGUGAUACACCUCUAUAUAUACCCUUAUUUUGAACUAUUUAUGUUUUAUAUUAACUAUUGUUGGGUGUCAUACAUACAAAAAAUGUGUGUCUCAGACAAGAA